AUACCAAAUCCUAAAAUUUCCAAAGUCUGUUUUGUUCGAUCUUCUUCUUCUUCUUCUUUUUACGCAGUAGUUAGUGGUAGAACAGAUUCCCGGGAAAACGAAGCAGCAAAUUGCAAGAAAACUAUAGCAACAGUUUUUGUUUCCCUUUUAAGCUUUCCAGUUCAAACUCUUUUGAUUAUUUUAUUUUAAAUUCACUCUUUUGAAAUUUUCAAUAGCUGUUUCUAAUAUUAAAAAAAGUUGGCUGCGUCAAAGAGAUUAAAGCUUGUUAAAUUGAUUCUCACCGGAGAACAACAACAACAUUGCCUCAAAAAAACCCCUUUCUCCUUUAACCUAGUCCUGGAGAUAUUAAAAGCUCCUCUUCUUCUUCGAGUUGCAGUUGCAGUUCAAACAAGCAAAAACCCUAGAAGCUUCCGAUGAGGACGAGCGGUGACGUUAACGGAGCAGAUGCUGGCUCUUCGAGAAGUGACGAAGAAAAAGGGUUUAAGGAGGAGCCCCAUGAUUCAUCGAAUACACGACCUGGGGGCUCUCAGAGAUCCUUCAAUAGCUUGAGAAAAGAGGAAGAGACUGAUUCAGAUUCUUCUUCUAAGAACACCACCAGAAACAAAUCAAUUCACUACACCGAUCAACAACAAGCCGAGCUUCUCCGGAAGCUUGAUUCCAUCAAAGAUCAUCUUCUCCGUGGUGGAGGUAAUGCUAAUGUGGUUGAUCAGCCACCACCACCUAUGGGUUUCCAUGGACCUCCUCCUUAUUACAACCCAUACCCUGAGCCAUUUCCUUAUGGAAUGUAUCCGACCACGAGUAACCCUCCUUAUAGAGACCCUUAUGGAUUCCCAAUGCAUAGGAAACCUCAAAACUUCUAUCCAGGACCAGGUCGUUACCCGAAUCAGAUGCUGCCUCGUCCUCCAUAUCCUCAAGGUCAGUAUGUAGAUAUUGGUCCUGAUAUAUUUGACCCUCAGUUACAGGAUCCUAGAUUCUUUCCGGCUACACCCAGUAGGUACAGUGAUGUUCCAUAUAGCCCUGUUGUGCACCACGGUGAGAAAAUAGGACCUUUUAGUCCACAUAGUGGUGUUCAUCAUCACACGAGGUGGCCUAGUGAAACCGAUUCUGAAACGGCUGCUGCUGCUUUUGCUCGUGGGUAUGUCCAAAAAGCUGUCUCAGAUGCUGAUUCCCGUCGUUGCCAUCCUUUAGCAGGCGGUGCGCCUUUUAUUGCUUGUCACAGUUGCUUUGAGCUGCUCUAUUUGCCUAAGAAGAAGCUUCUUUGUCAGGAAAAGCAACGAAAGCUGCAGUGUGGUGCUUGUUCUGAGGUUAUCAGUUUCACGUUUGUUGAUAAAAAGCUUGUUUUCUCUUCUUCUGCCCCUGCCGAAACUAGUAAUCUACAUUCUGUAGACGUUGAUGAUAGAAGCGUACCAAGCGCAGUGGUAGAUGAUUAUCCACUCAAGGAUGAGGAACCAAGAAUUCACCAGGAAAUGAAACUUGUCCAUGCUGUAUCUCCUAGUGAACACUCAGACGAUGAAGAGAGAGCAAGCAUUUCUAGUGAACCCCAAAAACAGGUUGUCAAGUCUGUUCGCCGCAGAGCACAAGGCGCAAAAGUUCCUCCUCCACCUCCUCCUGAAAAUUCCAAUCUUCUCGAGCUCUUUGAGUAUUCUAAUGUAAACCGAGCUGCAAUCACUUACGGAAUGGCCCAGCUAGGAUACAAUAAGCAAGAAUCCUACGCGAAACAAGAUUCGCUGAAACCAGAAUCAGUAGCUACUGAGACUGAUGUUUCUUAUAAUGAGUACUAUAAUAACACCGAGGUGUCUGAAGAUUCAAGGAUCUCAAAAACCAGCAAUGAAGAGAGCAGACCAAGAAACAGAAAGCAGAGUAAUGAGUACGGUUUCCCAGAGGUCACAAAUAAAAACAUCUCUAGUGACCAAAACAACGAGCAGUUAGAGGUUUGGGUGAAUGGGCAUCUGAUACCGGAAGAUCUAGUUAUUAGCGCUGAGAAACAAGCUGGACCAGUUCAAGCGGGAAAGUACUGGUAUGAUUACCGUGCUGGGUUCUGGGGAGUGAUGGGACACCCUUGUCUCGGUAUAAUACCACCAUUCAUUGAAGAGUUUAGUCGCCCAAUGCCAGAUAACUGUGGUGCAGGAAACACAAGUGUGUUUGUAAAUGGAAGAGAGCUUCACGAGAGAGAUCUAGAGUUACUUUCAGGUAGGGGUCUGCCUGGAGGCAAGAACCGUGCUUACAUUGUUGAUAUAUCAGGAAGAGUUCUUGAUGGAGACUCUGGUGAAGAACUGAAGAGUCUUGGCAGAUUAGCUCCAACGGUUGACAAGGUUAAGCAUGGAUUUGGGAUGAGAGUGCCAAGAUCAUUAGUGUCAUGAAGCUUUUUAUUUCAGCCUCUCUGGUGCCAAUCUUGGAUUACAAUGUAAACUGUACCUGUGAUAUAACAACAUCAUUGCUUAUAUUCUGCUGACCCAUAAGUGCUUUUCUUGUUUUUGUCUUAAAGAUAACCAUUUUUUUUUUGUUGGGUGAUCUGGUUUAUGUAAAUUGAUCAUUUUAUUUAUUUAUUAUUAUUGUGGAUAAUCAAAUCUUUGGGGAAUGAAAUAAUAUUUGUUUGAA